AUGGAUGCAGCCUAUCAGGUGGUGCAUGACUUCUUCGGAGGGAAUCAACUGCUCAUCUAGUAAGUGAACGUAAGGGUACUGUAGUCCAGCACUAUCCCAUUUUCAGUGUGAUCGGCGGUACCAUCAUAGUGAACGUCAACUUUUGGCUCUACAACCUUUUCUUCAUUCUCAUCGACAUGAUUGAUCCGAAAUGGGUUCAACCGUACAAAAUUCAGGAUGAGAAGAAGCCUCCGCUCUCGAAAUACCUCGGAGCGUUCGAAGUGAUCUUCACAAAUCAACUGCUCGUGGGUCCGUUCGUCACUUUUGCCUGGUACCUUCCCGCAGUUUGGCUAGGUGCCAGUUUCACAUCUCCGCUGCCUUCUGGAUGGCAGAUUCUUCGGGAUGUUCUCAUUUCGGUUCUUUGCGAAGAAAUCGGAUUCUACUACACGCAUAGGUAAUUUUUUUAAGUCCAACUGAAACAGAAGCCGAUGAAAAUGGUUUCAGACUGUUUCACCAUCCAAAAAUUUACAAAUACGUUCACAAGAAGCAUCACGAAUGGACGGCUCCAGUUUGUAAGUUUUUUUUUUGAAAUUCGUAUUAGUAUCCUUGUUUCAAUUUCAGCAAUCACAAGCAUCUACUGUCAUCCAUUGGAGCACGCAGUCUCUAAUUUGAGUCCGGUUAUGCUUGGUACAAAAACUCACUUUCGUAUCAACAAUUAAGCCUGGAUUUUAGGUCCAACACUCUGUGGAAGCCACGUGGUAACUCUGUGGAUCUGGGCUUCGAUCGCCGUCUUCUCGACGACUUGUUCGCAUUCCGGUAAGUGGCCAGACUACCGUAGCAGACACAAAUCGCACGGCCGUCUCGGCUACACGUUAUCACCGCCGAAAACAGCGUGCAGACAAUGAUGUUUGCAGGCUAUCAUUUCCCGUUCAUGCCGUCGCCAGAACCGCAUGACUAUCACCACAAAGUGUACGUUUUCUGGAGUGACUCGAACCGAUUGGAUCCGCUGACUUUUCAGGUUCAACGAGUGCUUCGGACUCGGACUUCUCGAUUGGAUUCACGGAACCGACACGUCCUUCAGGAAGUCUGUGGAGGGAAAACGAAACUACAUGAGCUUCAAAUUGGAACCGGUCAAGCAGAUCCAUCCGGACGAGAACAAGGAAAACUAG